AUGUCCUUACUCGCGCCCGAAAUUCACUCCGCCCUUUCGCAGCUUCUGCAGGCUUUGGCCACCCCCGACAAUACCAUCCGAUCGCAGGCAGAAGAUCAGCUCAACAAUGACUGGGUUCAGAACCGUCCGGAUGUGCUUCUUAUGGGAUUGGCCGAACAGCUGCAGGGAGCAGAAGUCGCGGCUACACGAUCGUUCGCCGCGGUUCUUUUUCGACGAAUAGCUACCAAAAACACCAAAGACCCGCGCACGGGUGACACCAAGGAGUGUUUCUCGAAUUUGAGCCCUGAGCAGCGCGUUGCUAUCCGUGAGAAGCUUGUUGGUUGCCUCAGCAGCGAGCAGCUGCCCGACGUGAGGAAUAAGAUUGGCGAUGCUAUUGCUGAGAUCGCCCGUCAAUACACAGAUAAUGGCGACUCGUGGCCGGAGCUUCUUGGAGUAUUGUUCCAAGCUAGCCAGUCUCCCGAAUCAGGUUUGCGCGAAGCUGCAUUCCGAAUCUUUACUACCACACCUAGUAUCAUCGAGAAACAACAUCAAGAGGCAGUUUUGAGUGUUUUCAGCAGGGGUUUCAAAGAUGACCACGUUUCAGUGCGACUUGCUGCAAUGGAAGCUUUCUCUGCCCUCUUCCGCUCUAUACCGAAGAAACAGCAUGCAGGUUUCUUCAGCCUUGCUCCGGAUCUUUUGAACAUCCUUCCCCCUCUCAAGGAAUCCGAGGAGGACGAAGAACUUUCCAAGGCUUUCAUCUCCCUUGUCGAAUUAGCCGAGUACUCUCCCAAGAUGUUCAAGAAUCUUUUCAACAACCUUGUGAAAUUUAGCAUAAGCGUCAUCGCAGAGAAGGAUCUUAGCGACCAAGUCAGACAAAAUGCGCUCGAACUUUUAGCCACGUUCGCCGAAUACUCCCCGAAUAUGUGCAAAAAGGACCCAACUUAUGCUACAGAGAUGGUUACCCAAUGUCUUAGUCUAAUGACAGACGUUGGUGCUGAUGAUGACGACGCGCAGGAAUGGGGUACUACUGAAGAUCUCGAGCUCGAGGAAAGUGACUUGAACCACGUUGCUGGUGAGCAGACUAUGGAUCGAUUGGCAAACAAGCUUGGUGGAGAUAUUAUCCUUCCUGCUACUUUCGCUUGGAUCCCACGUAUGAUGUCGUCUUCCGCUUGGAGAGAUCGACAUGCCGCUCUUAUGGCCAUCUCUGCUAUUUCCGAGGGCUGCCGUGAUCUAAUGAUCAGUGAACUGGACCAUGUUCUCGCUCUUGUCGUGCCCGCCCUUCAGGACCCUCACCCACGUGUCAGGUAUGCAGGAUGCAACGCUCUUGGUCAGAUGAGUACCGAUUUUGCCGGGAUCAUGCAGGAGAAAUACCAUGCUGUGGUGUUGAACAACAUCAUUCCUGUUCUCGAUUCUACAGAACCUCGUGUGCAGGCCCAUGCUGCCGCUGCUUUGGUCAACUUCUGCGAAGAGGCCGAAAAGAGCAUUCUUGAGCCAUAUCUCGGAGACCUACUUCAACACUUGCUCCAGCUUUUGCGAACCGACAAGCGAUUCGUUCAGGAACAAGCUCUUUCUACCAUCGCCACCAUCGCAGAUUCAGCAGAGGCAGCCUUUACUCAGUACUAUGAAACAUUGAUGCCGUUGCUUUUCAAGGUUCUUCAGGAGGAGCAGUCUAAGGAGUACCGCUUGUUACGUGCUAAGGCCAUGGAGUGUGCUACUUUGAUCGCUUUGGCUGUCGGAAAGGAGAAGAUGGGACAGGACGCAAUCAACUUGGUCAAUCUUCUUGGAGCGAUUCAACAGAACAUUACAGACUCCGACGAUCCUCAAUCACAAUACUUGCUUCACUGCUGGGGUCGUAUGUGCCGUGUCCUUGGUCAAGACUUUGUACCUUUCCAGGGUGCUGUUGUUCCACCUCUUCUUACACUUGCUGCCGCCAAGGCCGAUAUUCAGUUGUUGGAAGAUGACGAACAGGCCGAAAUGGUUGAGCAGGAUGAAGGAUGGGAGCUCAUUCCAUUGAAGGGCAAACUUAUUGGUAUCAGGACGAGUCUUCUUGAGGAUAAGAAUACAGCCAUUGAGCUUCUUGCAGUGUAUGCUCAAGUCUUGGAAGGAUCAUUUGAGCCCUACGUUGCCGAGUGUUUGGAGAAGGUGGCCGUUCCUGGGCUUGCCUUUUUCUUCCACGACCCUGUUCGUGUGUCUUCCGCCAAAUUGAUUCCCCAUCUUCUCAAUGCAUACAAGAAGGCCCACGGCAUUCAAUCACCCGGAUUUGCCGAGAUUUGGAGUAAUGUCGCUGGAAAGAUCAUAGAAGUUCUCAGCGCUGAGCCUGCCAUUGAUACCCUUGCAGAGAUGUUCCAGUGCUUUUACGAGUCCGUCGAGGUGGUUGGCAAGAACGCUUUGACUCAAGAGCAUAUGCAAGCAUUCAUUGACUCCGUUCAAUCGUCCUUGGAAGACUACCAGAGCCGAGUCAAGGAGCGUGCGCAAGAGGAGGCAGAAGCCGAAGAUAACGACGAGGAGAACAUGUCCAUCGCCUAUGCUAUUGAGGACGACCAGGCUCUUCUCAGCGACAUGAACAAGGCGUUCCACGCCGUUUUCAAGAACCAGGGAUCGACUUUCUUGCCGACAUGGCAGCGCCUGAUGCCUAUCUAUGAUUCAUUCAUCAACAGCACUGAUCCUACACAGCGCCAAUGGGCAACCUGCAUUAUGGAUGAUGUGAUUGAAUUCUGCGGCCCUGAUUCUUGGGCUUUCCAAGACCAUAUUUUGCAGCCAUUGAUACGCGGGUUGCAAGACUCCAAUGGUCCCAAUAGGCAAGCCGCUUCAUACGGUGUCGGUAUUGCCGCUCAAAAGGGUGGUCCAGCAUACGCCGACUUUGUGGCUGCCGCUAUCCCCAGUCUUUUCCAGGUUACGCAACAUCCUCAUGCAAGGACAGAAGAACAUGUUUUUGCUACUGAGAAUGCUUCAGCCAGUAUUGCCAAGAUCCUUCGCUUCAACAACGAAAAGGUCCAGAAUCCACAGGAGAUUGUAGCAAACUGGCUCAACACGUUGCCAAUCACAAACGAUGAGGAGGCUGCUCCAUAUGCCUACUCUUUCCUCGCUGAGCUGAUUGACCAACAAAACCCCGCCGUCCUCUCCAACGCCGACAAGGCAUUUGGAUAUAUAGUACAAGCCCUCGACAACGAAACCUUGCAAGGCGAGACAGCCAAGCGAGUCGCUGACGCCGGGAAACGAUUAGUACAAGCAACAGGCAUAAAUGCAGAGGCGAUUCUGGCGGGUGUCAAUCCAGAUAAUCAGGAAGCAGUGAGGAAAUACUUCCAGUAA